AGGCGACAGCCGUGAAGGACGCGGAGGUCGUUUGUGAAAGUCGACGGCGCUACGGUUAGGUCGGGACCCGAGUAUUUUUCACUUACCGUGUGUUUGAGACUCUUGGACUGCUGCACAUAUUGUAUUCCUUUUAAAGAUCAAGAGCCUCUGCUUCGUGGAUGCUUCCACUGCCGCUUCAGCUUCUGUGAAACUUAAAAGCACAUCAAAAUGGCCUGUGGUCCUAAGGCUAUGAUCGGUCCAUCAAUUUUGAACUCUGAUCUCUCUAUGCUCUAUGAUGAGUCAGAAAAGAUGAUAAAUUCAGGCGCAGACUAUCUUCAUCUAGAUGUAAUGGAUGGUCAUUUUGUACCAAACCUGACAUUUGGGCAUCCUGUUGUGAAAUGCUUACGACAGAAGAUCCCCAAAUCAUUUUUUGACAUGCAUAUGAUGGUUGAAAAUCCAGAAAAGUGGGUGGAGGCCAUGGCUGAUGCUGGUGCAAACCAGUACACCUUCCACAUCGAGGCCUCCAAGGAUGUUCCAGCCCUCUGCAGGAAGAUCAAAGAGGCAGGGAUGAAGGUGGGCAUCGGCCUGAAGCCGGGUACCGACGUGAGCGUGGUGCUGCCAUAUGGCCCGCUGGCCGACAUGCUGCUCGUCAUGACGGUGGAGCCCGGGUUCGGCGGGCAGAAGUUCAUGGCCGACAUGAUGUCCAAGGUGGAGCGGCUGCGCACCGAGUUCCCGCUGGUCAAUAUCGAGGUGGACGGCGGCGUCAGUCCGGCCAACAUCGACCAGUGCGCCAAGGCCGGUGCCAAUAUGAUCGUCUCCGGCAGCGCGGUGGUAAAGUCGCCGCAGCCGGCAGAGGUCAUCAGUCAGCUCAAACAGGCCGUUCAGAAAGUGUUCCCGGAGUGACGUCAUAUUACCCAGCGUGACGUCAGCAGGGGUAGUGCAGACGGCGGGCUUCUGUACGGCACUAUUCCAUUUUCCGCUGGUGGGUAGGCGGCGGCUGAGAGGAUCGGGUGGACAGGUAUGUUUUGUAUCGGUUUUCACGAAUAGAUACUAGGUCAGUGAUGUGAGCACAGGAUUGUGCCGGGUAGGGAAGCUGGUGAUACCAAAGUGUUCCAUGAUGGACAAAAUAUUGCGGUCUGUAAGACAGGAGGAGCUUGUCAUUGUUAAGACGUUUUGUCAGUGUCGUGUCGAAAAAAGAGUAUUAAACAUUAUUUUUAGUCAGUUUUAUGCUGGCUUGUGUUCUAAACGGUGUAUUUGCUUUUGGAGAAACAUUCCAAGCGUGUUGCAUGACGAAUUAUGAUGGUGAUACUCAGAGCUCCGGUUACAUCCACAUCAAAUACUAUUUGUAUCAGUUUAUAUUUCAUGUUAUUGGCAAACGUGACUCAAUAUACACUUAUUGCUGAUGACUUCA